AUGGUGAGGAUCGUGAGAAGUUGUUUACAGUCCAUGUUGAAGCUGGUGAAUUCCUUACUUGGGAUGGUUGGAAUCGCCAUGAUCCUCUACGCUGUUUGGUUGAUUAGGCAAUGGCAAGAACAAAUGGGAACUCUCCCCUUUGCUGAUUCUCAUCACCCUGUUCCGUGGUUCAUUUAUGCUUUCCUUGGUCUCGGGGCUAUUCUCUGUGUUGUCACUUGUGCCGGCCACAUAGCUGCUGAAACCGUGAAUGGAUGUUGCCUUUACUUGUAUAUGGGAUUCAUCGUCUUGCUAAUUAUGAUUGAAGGCGGUGUGGUUGCCGAUAUCUUUCUAAACCGUGACUGGAAGGAGGACUUUCCAGAAGAUCCAAGUGGUGCUUUCCACCAGUUCUCUAAGUUCAUCGAGUCAAACUUCAAGAUUUGCAAGUGGAUAGGUCUCGGUAUUGUCUGUGUCCAGGGUCUAUCAGUUUUAUUGGCCAUGUUGCUCAAAGCUCUUGGACCUCACCGUCAUUAUGACAGUGAUGAUGAUUACGAUGUAAGCAGGGUCGCACUCCUGCGGGAUGCUCGCCAGCAGCCUCCAUACGUUGUUGGAGAACCCUUUUAUGGAGCCAAGCCAGGAGCUUGGAGGGUAAGGAUUGAUGAAAGGGCAAAUCGUUGA